AUGUCCCGUAAUAGAGGUGAUGGAUUGCUUGCAAAGGUCGAUUUUCCUCUUUAUACGCUCGAAACCCUUACAAAUCGUCAUGUCCUCGUAGCGGGAGGUGGCGGAGCAUCAAAUACGGGUGUGGCGAAUGGAUUUGAGAUUUUCGAAUUAUCACACAAUGGGACUAAAUUCGUUGCCGAAGAGGUGAUGCGCCAUGAGACGGGCCCUAACGUAGUAAUGAAUUGCUCCAUACGCAAUGCUCAGGGGCGCACUUACCUUUGCGCUGGCCAAGAGAGCCACUGUCAGUUGUAUAGGGUGAAUGUCCGCAUGGUAGAUGCAGCUGAAAUGCGCCGUGGCAGUUUUCGAGCAGAAAAUGGAUUGGUACGUCGCCGAAGACGCACUGUUUCAGAGAAUGACAAUAUAUCCAAAACUGACAACAACAGCAAUACUUCAGAGAAGAGAAUAUCAUUUGAAAUAAGGCCUUGUGACAGUAUACAGACAGAUUUCGGAGACGACCCACUGCAAAGAGUAGUGAGGAUCAGUCACAAUGGCAAGAUGAUGGCGACUGGGGGAAUAGAUGGCAAGGUUCGGAUAUGGAGCUUUCCACAGAUGCAACUGCUUAUCCAAUUGGAAGGACACACAAAAGAGCUCGACGACCUGGACUUCAGCCCGUGCGACAGUCAGCUGGUGAGCAUCGCCAAGGACGGCCUGGCGCUGGUGUGGGGGCUGACGGGCACCGCCUCCCGCGAGCCCCUCCUCAAAAUCACUUGCCAACCGCCCAACGGCACCAAGUACCUGUUCCGGAGGUGCAGGUUCGGCGAGAGCUCGGAGCGGAUGUUCACGAUCGCGAACCCGAUGUCGCGCGCGGGCAGCGGCGCGGCGCGCGGGCUGCUGCAGCAGUGGGGCGGGGCGGAGGCGCGCAGGGGCGCCCUCCUGCCCGAGGCGCUCUCCGCGCUCGCCGUGCGCGACGACGGCCGCUUCGUCGCCGUCGGCACCAUGUAUAGCGGCUCCGUGCACCUCUACGUCGCAUUCAGCCUCCAGCGCGUGCUGUACGUGAAGCGCGCGCACGGCAUGUUCGUGACGGGGCUGGCGUUCCUGCCGGUGCGCGGCGCGGGCCCGCCCAUCGCCAGCCGCAGCGAGGCCGCGCUGCUCUCCAUCUCCGUGGACAACUGCCUCUACGUGCACAGCCUGCCAUACCCGCGUACCGUACCUGUUUGGGUUGCCAUCAUUCUUAUUGUUUUCGUAUUAUUCUGUACUUUUACUCUAUGCUCAUAUUUAGGUAUA